UUCAUUUAAGGUCAAAGUUAGGACCGCAUUCGUUGAAAAAUGAGAUUUUAUGCAUUGUUUUGUUGUGUUGCAUUUUAUAGAAGCGUUAAUUGUUAUGAUUUCGUUACAAAAUAUAUCGAAAUGCCUUUGGAUCAUUUCAGCUUUACAUCGAACGCAACAUUCAAGCUGAGAUAUUUAGUCAAUGAUACUUAUUUCCGGCAGCCAAGCCCGGUAUUUUUCUAUACGGGUAAUGAAGGUGAUAUUUCAAUGUUUGCUCAGAACACUGGCUUUUUGUUCGACUCAGCACCGGAAUUUAAAGCUCUAAUUGUAUUUGCCGAGCAUAGAUACUAUGGAACAUCCUUGCCGUUUGGAAAUUUGUCGUACAGUUCCCCAUCCCAUUUGGGUUAUUUAAGCUCCCAGCAAGCUUUAGCGGAUUACGUAUACCUCAUAAAUGAUUUGCAAAAGCAGUACGCCAUUGGUGAUGGCCAAAAAUUGCCUGUUGUUGCUUUUGGGGGUUCCUACGGGGGCAUGUUGUCUUCGUGGCUUCGGAUCAAAUACCCUUACGCCGUCAUCGGGGCCAUAGCUAGUUCCGCUCCUAUCUUUCAAUUCAAGGGGAUCACGCCUUGCCAUACUUUUUAUAAAAUCGUUACGGACGUGUUUAGGAAUUUGGGUUCCGAGAAAUGUGAAAAAACCAUCAGGAAAUCUUGGACUACUAUAAGGAACGUCGCAAAAGAUGACAAUGGAAGAGCGAACGUUUCAUCUAUAUUAAGGCUAUGUUCAAUUGUAAAGUCAGUAGACGAUUUAAAUGUGCUUCUCGAUUGGAUGAGUGAGAUUUAUACUAAUUUGGCUAUGGUUAAUUACCCAUACCCAGCAGAUUUUUUGAUGCCACUGCCCGGAAAUCCCAUUCGAGUAUUCUGCAACACACUGGAUAGCGUGGAAUACCACGAUGACCUCGGGCUGAUCAAAGCGAUAGGUACCGCGUUGGAAAUUUAUACCAAUUACACCCAACAAACCAAGUGCAAUGAUAUAGAAACGACCGCGACUGCCGACUUGGGAGAAAAAGGAUGGAAUUUCCAAUCGUGUACCGAUAUGAUAAUGCCCAUAUGCUCCACAGACGAAGACAUGUUCGAAAAUACUCCUUACAACUUUACAGAGUACUCCGAGAAGUGUUUUAAGGAGUAUUCGGUACGGCCUAGAAACGAAAACGUACCAAUAUUGGAAUACGGAGGAGACGACCUCGAAACUGCGUCCAAUAUAGUAUUUAGUAACGGCCUAUUGGACCCUUGGUCAGGUGGCGGAGUCUUAAAGAAUAUUUCUUCCAAGGUAACUGCGGUUUUAAUGCCGGAUGGAGCACACCAUUCGGAUCUGAGAGCGAAAAAUCACUUGGAUACAGAAGAUGUGGUAAAUGCUAGAAAUUUUCACAAGAAGCAAAUCGCUAGCUGGCUAGGACAAUACUACUGGAGAUAUUACGGAAAUAAUGAAUAUCACCUGAAUUAUGCUUUAAAAUAUAAACACUAAAGAUGCAUCCAAGUUUAAACAACAAUUUGACGUCAUCGUUUUGUUUAAAUGCGUAUUUAAAACGCUAGGCACCAUUUUCUACGCAUCUAGCAUUUGCUGAAACUCCUUUUGUAUCAUCGCAAAUUGGAGUCGGAAAUCUCUAAUCUUAACGGCAAUAUUUAAAUGUAAUUAUCUAUUUGUAAAAAAGCUUCGAAAUAAUUUACCGAAUAAGUAGGUGUAAUGGAUACUGACUUUAAAAUAUAGAGUGGAACUUCCGUAAUUUUUGAAACAUACGUUUUUGUGUUCAAAUAUAUAACGAGACCUCUAGCCGAAGAAAAAUAUGAUUGGAUGUUGUAUUCAGACGUUAUCAAUCAGCAGUUGGGGAGAAAUAAAAUAGGCCCUCCAAAGAUUCUAACUAUUGAAAAUACACUACAGACUUCUCCGACAUUCGUAAUGAGACACUCCAGAGCCUGAAAACGGAUGUGGAGUAUUCGUCAUAUACCGUUUCUAUAAUCUUGUAUCUAAUACAAGUUUCCUCGUCGCUUUACAAUGUUCCUCCCCUCUUGUUUGGACCUCUCGAGAGAGCAAAAAAAGUAUAUAUUUUUUGGCGGUGACGCUUUAAGAAGCGGAGUAAAAUUUAGAACGGAAAAUGAUUUCGUUCGCGAGUAAUUUUAAAGAUUUUGGUGGUAGUUUGUCAUUGGAUUGUGGUUUUUAUUAGCAAUAAAUUUUUAGCGAACGGUAUCAUCCCAUGCGGCGAAACCAAAGUCAAAUAGGUAUAAUAAGGGUAAUCGUAAAAGUUUUGGAGGUGUAAUAAAUGGCUAUGAGUGUGAGAAAUGAGUCGACUUUUUACGGUGAAAGCGGAAAAAGGAAACCAGCGACACCUUGAUGAAGGGACGGGAAUCUCUUUGAACAAGACCCGAGGGUCGACAUGAUCAUUUUAAGUUCAGUUAGUAAAAUUCCCUCUCAAAAUCCGAGUUCGGUAUUUACAUGAAUAUUGAAAGUGUAAUCUCGAGAUCUGGACAUGGCGAUUUAAGAGCGCCGGCGGUGUUUUACUAACUACCAAUUACUUUUAAACUGGUUCCUCGAAAUUAUCGAUAAAAACUUGGGUUAAACUUAAUAAUU